AAACAUGGAUCAAACUCCGAGGAACGCUUCCCCACCACCUCGUUCUCUUAACCGACAAGUCGUUCUCGACGAGGACGAAUACACUGAAGCCCUUUCACAUAUCAUAGCUCGGGACUUCUUUCCGUCUCUCGUUCAUCUCGACGCUACGAAUAACUACCUAGAUGCAUUACGAACGGAGGACCCGCAACUUAUCAACGCUUCUGUGAGGCAGUUACAAGACCUUGCGACGCCUGCGGGGACGAGUAGAGGGUACCAGCCGCAACAGACACCUUCGCAGACUCCUUGGGCUGCUGGGCCGUCUGAUACACCCUUAGCCUUUCGUUCCGCAACAGCCUCAGACGGAAGUGAACCCCCGACAAAACGUGCACGAUAUGAUACGAAUAUGAGUCUGGAUUCGUUCCAGGCGAAGUACACUUCAGAGGAUAACUCGAGUUUCACGCAGAUUCUGGAGGAUGAGAAUCGUGUAAGGAGGGAGAAGUAUGGAUGGGCUUGGGAUGCUCAGAGGAGGGUUGAGGUGCUGAGGGAGAGGAUGCUUGAGGCGAGGGAGAAGAUGCUUAUUGAACCUGCGCCUGCACCCGGUGUGAAGGAGAAGCGAGUUAUUGAGGCGCCGAAACCAGUUGGACUUAUUACUGCCGCGACCGAGGAGGAUACCAAGGAGGAGGGGAAUGAACCCGACGGGAAGGAUGGUGAAGAGGAGGACGGAGAUGAGAAAGGGAAGGAGGUCGCUGUGGUUUCUCAGCAGGAUGAGGAGGAAGUGGUGGAUGUUAUGGCUCCAAAGAAAGACACUCGAUCUGCUGGAGUGGACGGAUGGAAAUUCAAGACCCGCAAUGCUUUCAUGUUCCCCCCAGACGCCGACGUUGCCCCACAUGACCUCAUCAAACCCGGUACUCCUGCUGCGCCUACUCGAGGAGAACCUAAAGCAAUUAAGCAUGGUAACACUCGACUCCCGGAGCAGAGUGAAACCUCAUCUGGCAUGUCCGAGCCUCCCAGUCCGACGCGAAGUCGGAUUGACGCAGCAAUUAUGGGUACUCCUUACCGACCACGAUCCCCAACAAACAACGGAUUCUCACUUCUCCCAUCCGUCCCAUCCCCUACACCAGCAGAACUCGGCCCAGCAGCAGUAAAGCAACUAAUGACAUGGGGGACACUAAAUGCAACGCCUCGCGUCCUAACCUCAGACGACCCAGCAGAUGCAAAGUCAUUACCUCCGCCGAGUACGCCAUUUCAUCUUCCGCCACCUACCUCCCGGGAAACGAUUGGACAUAAGUUGUCCAAUAAGGCUGUGAAGAGCUUGCGUGCAAAGGCAGUGCUUAUGGGUGGUAGAGGUACGAGUAGUGGACUUGGCUUUCGGACGCCAGUCAGCACUAGUGGUAGUGGUACGCGUGGCGAAGGAGGGUCGAUGCCUCCGCCGAGUUGGACGCCACGUAAAGCUGAAGCUGCUGGGUCGCUCACACCUGCAGCGAAGCGAUUACUGGAUAGGACGACGAUGGGUGCCGCGGCGACGAGGCGUGCAGAGGCGAUGGGGAAGACGGCGGGCUGGGAGAGUAGUAGUGCGUCGAAAGCAAAGGAGAAAGAUUUGAACAAAGUGAGGUGGACGCCUAGUCCUGCGCCUUUGGUGAGGAAAAGAUGA